CCGCGCGGCCCGGAGCGGGGGACCAGGCGGCGACCUGCGUGGAGGCGCCGUGGCCUCGCGCCCCCUCGCGCCGCCAGUUCGUCUUUGUCCGCGCCCCGCGCCCGUCCCGCCGCCGGCCGGGCCGCCCCGCGCCGCGCUGGCGUCGUCCUCGCCCCCGUCGCCGCCCCCCGCGCGCAGCCGGGCCUUGCCCCCGAUGGUGUCCCGGCCCGAGCCCGAGAGCGAGGCCAUGGACGCGGAGCUGGCGGUGGCGCCGCCGGGCUGCACGCACCUGAGCAGCUUCAAGGUGGACAACUGGAAGCAGAACCUGCGCGCCAUCUACCAGUGCUUCGUGUGGGGCGGCACGGCCGAGGCCCGCCGGCGCAAGGCCAAGUCCUGCGUCUGCCACGUCUGUGGUGUCCAUCUGAGCAGGCUGCACUCCUGCCUCCACUGUGUCUUCUUCGGCUGUUUCACAAAGAAGCACAUUCACGAACACGCGAAGUCCAAACGGCACAACCUGGCCAUAGAACUGAUGUAUGGAGGCAUCUAUUGCUUUUUGUGCCAGGACUACAUCUACGACAAGGACAUGGAAACCAUCGCCAAGGAGGAGCAGCGGAAAGCUUGGAAACUGCAAGGUGUUGGAGAGAAAUUUUCAACAUGGGAACCAAGCAAGCGGGAGCUCGAGCUGCUGAAACACAACCCCAAACGGCGGAAGAUCACCUCCAACUGCACCAUAGGGCUGCGCGGGCUCAUCAACCUGGGCAACACGUGCUUCAUGAACUGCAUCGUGCAGGCGCUCACGCACACGCCGCUGCUGCGCGACUUCUUCCUGUCCGACCGGCACCGCUGCGAGAUGCCCAGCCCCAGCUCCUGCCUGGUGUGCGAGAUGUCCUCCCUUUUCCAGGAGUUCUACUCGGGGCACCGCUCCCCCCACAUCCCGUACAAGCUGCUGCACCUGGUGUGGACGCACGCCCGGCACCUGGCGGGGUACGAGCAGCAGGACGCGCACGAGUUCCUCAUAGCCGCCCUGGAUGUGCUGCACCGGCACUGCAAAGGUGAUGAUAACGGGAAGAAGGCCAGCAACCCCAACCACUGCAACUGCAUCAUAGACCAGAUCUUCACCGGGGGGCUGCAGUCGGACGUCACCUGCCAGGUCUGCCAUGGAGUCUCCACCACCAUAGACCCCUUCUGGGACAUCAGCUUAGAUCUGCCCGGCUCCUCCUCCCCAUUCUGGCCCCUGAGCCCCGGGAGUGAGGGCAGCGUGGUGAACGGGGAAAGCCAUGCGUCAGGAACCACUACGCUGACGGACUGCUUGCGAAGGGAGCCUGAGGAAAGGUGUGACAACAUGCAAAUGGCUUCACUUGGUGCCCAAAGACUCAUACUGGUUUGUCACAUUUUUGCAAGGUUUACCAGACCAGAGCACUUGGGAAGCAGUGCCAAGAUCAAAUGUAGUGGUUGCCAUAGCUACCAGGAGUCCACUAAACAGCUCACCAUGAAGAAGCUGCCGAUUGUAGCCUGUUUUCAUCUCAAACGAUUUGAACACUCAGCCAAACUGCGACGCAAGAUCACCACGUAUGUGUCCUUCCCCCUGGAGCUGGACAUGACCCCCUUCAUGGCCUCCAGCAAAGAGAGCAGGAUGAAUGGACAGUACCAGCAGCCGGCCGACAGCCUCAGUAACGAUAACAAGUACUCCCUGUUCGCGGUCGUUAACCACCAGGGGACCCUGGAGAGUGGCCACUACACCAGCUUCAUCCGGCAGCACAAGGACCAGUGGUUCAAGUGUGACGACGCCAUCAUCACCAAGGCCAGCAUCGAGGACGUGCUGGACAGCGAGGGGUACCUGCUGUUCUACCACAAGCAGUUCCUGGAGUACGAAUAGGCCCACCUCUGCCCGGCGGAGCAAAGGCCGCCAGCGGCCGCCCCCGAACACCCGGCAUCGCGGCACCACCCCGCAGCCCCACGGAACACCCGGCAUCGCUGCACCACCCCGCAGCCCCACGGAACACCCGGCAUCGCGACACCACCCCCCAGCCCCACGGAACACCCGGCAUCACGGCACCACCCCGCAGCCCCAGAACACCCGGCAUCGCGGCACCACCCCCCAGCCCCACGGAACACCCGGCAUCGCGACACCACCCCGCAGCCCCACGGAACACCCGGCAUCGCGACACCACCCCCCAGCCCCACGGAACACCCGGCAUCGCGGCACCAUCCGCAGCCCCAGAACACCCGGCAUCGCUGCACCACCCCGCAGCCCCAGAACACCCGGCAUCGCGGCACCACCCCCCAGCCCCAGAACACCCGGCAUCGCGACACCACCCCCCAGCCCCACGGAACACCCAGCAUCACGGCACCACCCCCAGCCCCACGGAACACCCGGCAUCGCGGCACCACCCCCAGCCCCACGGAACACCCGGCAUCGCGGCACCACCCCCCAGCCCCACGGAACACCCGGCAUCGCGGCACCACCCCCCAGCCCCACGGAACACCCCCAUCGCGGCACCACCCCCCAGCCCCACGGAACACCCCCAUCGCGGCACCACCCCGCAGCGCCCGGGCCUGGGAUCUGCACAGCGGGAGAGCCUGAGAGGAAGGCCUGCUGAGGGGGGUCCCUGCCGCAUCUCCUCCCUCAGUGUGGGGCCGCCCAGGGCGCUGCGCUGUGCAGCUGAGGCCAGGCCAGAGGACCUGGCGGUGUUGGGUGUCCGUGUCGCACAUGCAGGGAGGCGCUUGGCUUCAGCCAGCAGAGCCUGUGGGUGGAGGACACGGACCCCCAGGCUCUGCCUCAGAGCGCAGCCCCGACGCCCAGGGUGCCCGGCCACGCACCCCACCCCUGCUCUUCCGCGCCGCGGACCUCAUAACCAGUGUUCCUGACAGGUGCAUCGGGCUCACACUGAGCUGAGAGUUUCCUUCUCGAGAGGCUUGCUCUUCGCUGUUCGUUGCCCGCGCGCCCCCCCCCCCCCCCCCAGCCUUGGCGUCCUGGAGGCAGCUGGCAGGUGCGCGUCAGGCCAUAGCGUGUCCCCUGGAGUGAACGAUGCCUUUCCCACGGCCCCGCUGUUCUUCCUCCCUCGUGUUUCCCCUCGGCCGCCUGUCCACCUCCCCGGCACUGCCCGGUGAGGGGCGCGCUCGCCUGAGGGCCUGCCUCCGGCCAGGGCGGCUGCCUGCCUUGCGAGCAGAGCCGAGCUCGGCCUGUGCUGUGCUGGUCUGAGCUUUGGUCCCUUUCUGAGACGUGAGCCGCGGGGGACGCGCUGCUUGGGUGCGUUGGCAGCGCACCAGGGCCCCGAGCUGCGCUGCCCUCGGCCAGCAGACUCCUGAGACCGGGCUGACUGUUGGCUCUGCGGCCACAGGUGAGCUCGCCGUGUGCCCACAGAACCGGGUGAACACUGAAGCUGGAAAUCCAUGUGAUGUCCCAUCGGGACGUUCUUUCUCACUUUGAGAACAUGUCACCCUCCUAGCCGACGGGCCGCCCAGAGCAGGCCGCGGGCCAGACCAGGCGCUAGCUGGGGGGUUGGCAGGCGGGACUCCAGGGGCGGGGCGGGUACAUCCCGGCAAAUGCCGGGCUGUGCAAAGCCGCGGGCCGCAGAGCCGCCCUCGUGGCAAAACCCCGAGUGAUGAUGGCUGUUCUUCGUUAUCUCCCACCUCUACCCUCUCCCGGUCCCCUGGCGGCCCCCACACUGUGGUUUGUGCCCAUGGCUUUGUUCCCCCUUUUCCUCACUCACACCCCUUCCCGGGCCCUGCCCCGGGCUGGCAGCCUGCUCUGUCCCCUGGGCUGCACAGUGAGGUGAUGGUGCUGGUUCUCUGGCUGGUGGUUCCCCUCCACAGUGUUCUCCAGGCCCCGUCGUGCUGUCCCGAAGGGUAACGCUUUCUUCCUUUUAACGAUCAAGUAGGAUUCCUUGUGGCUGCCCCACGGCUGGCUGACCCCUCGUCUGCGGUGUCCGCGUCGCGGCUGUUGUGAGAGCGCCCGGUGGCCGCGGGCUCAGUCAGUCGCUGCGUUUAUGGGGCGCAGGCUUUCCAGAGAAGCCAGGGGGGUGCCUGCCGGGGAAGGUGCUGGCAGUGGCGUCCUCGGUGAUGAGCACAGCUGGGCAGCGAGCUGACGGCUUGUACCUGGGUCUCCCUGCGUCUGCUGCUGGGCCUCCGUGCGGGUGGCGGGCGUAAAGCCGGGGGAGUUUCCGGGAGAUUAUCUGACCUGGCCGGCCUGUGCCCGCCGCCCGCUGCCGCCGCUGGUGCAGCUCAGCAACCUGAGGACAGGACGGGGGGGGGGGGGGGGGGGGGGGGGGGGCAGUGGGCCACACGUGUCUGUGGACAUUGAAGUGUGUGUCUCCACGUUGGUCCUCUCCCCUCCGGCCUCCCACGGGGCUGUGGUGGCGGUGAAAGCUUACAUGGAAUGGCCUUUGUAAAGAAGCUCCCGGUCCAGCUAUUAAAUUCAGGAAAGUGGUUUUGUUUCCUCCCCACCACCAGUGUGUGGGCUCCUGUCGUCACCCAGCGUGUCUGAGCAGCGCCCGCCCCGUCCUGUCCCUCUUGGGGUGCAGAUGGCUCCGCGCGGGGGAGGUGCUGGCCCUCCUGCCGGGGCCGGCCGGCCUGUGCGCUUCGUUGUGUAAAACUGCCGGUGGGGUUUGUGCAUGUUUGUGUUAGCUUGUUUUUAAUAACUGAAGUGGCUGGGCCUGUGGGAACCAGAACAGGCGUGGAAAGGAAGAGUCCGGUGGCGGUGCCGUGGUUUGUACCAGAUGUCUGCGCCUCUUCCUCUGCGGGUGGGGCGUGUGCCUUCCCUCCCUCCAGCUUGUAGUCGUCUGUGUCACAAUAAAGCAGUUUUACUC